AUGUCGUCAGAAGAAAAUCAAUUCAAUGUUCAAGGAUACAACAUUGUUACAAUGCUCAAGAGGUUGGAGGCAGCUACGUCUAGGUUAGAAGAUAUCAGUAUCUUUCAAUCCGAGAAUGGUAGAUCAGACGGACAGUCUAUUAGAUCGGUUGGUCAGGGUCAAGGCAUAGGCGCAGGUCAAUCACAGCAAGAUAAGGAAGCUAAGGCGGUCGAAGCUAAUCAGCAAAAUGAAGCAGUUCCUAAAUCAGUUACUGAAUUCAAGAAUUUUAUCGAGAAAAGCCUUAUUCCAUUAGUGAAGAGCUCGCAAGCGAUCGAUGGCUUGGUAGGAGAGGCAGCAGAGAUAUUUGAGCAGGCAUUCCAGGCUCAAUUGCAAUUUUUAAGCAUUGUGGCCAAGAGUAAGAAACCUGAAAUGUCAGAUCCGGCAUUUAUGGAGGUGUUGAAGCCAAUUAACGAGAAGAUCGAGCAGAUCAACAAGCUUAAGGAUGCUAAUAGGGAGUCGCAAUUUUACAACCAUUUAAAUACCAUCAGCGAAGGGGCACCGGUAUUAGGCUGGGUUGUGGGUGACACUCCUGUAUCUUUAAUCCCAGAGUUCAAGGAUAGUUCGCAAUUCUGGUCCAAUAGGGUCAUGAAGGAAUAUAAGGAUAAGGACCAAAGGCACGUUACAUGGGUAAGCCAAUUCCUACACAUUUUCGAAGCAUUGAAGGCUUACGUGAAGGAAUUCCACACAACGGGUCCAUCAUGGAACAAUGCUAAUGGCCAACCUUUAAGUGAAGUUUUAGCUGGUUCUAAGAGUGUUGGUGGCCCAAGUGGAGGUUCAGCUCCACCGCCACCACCACCUCCACCACCUGCGGCCAUCUUUGACUCUGACAGUGCCCAAAGCACCUCCUCGUCAGUCCCAGCAGGUGGUAUGAAUGCUGUUUUCGCGGACUUGAACAAGGGUGAAAAUAUCACGUCUGGUCUUAAGAAGGUUGACAAGUCCGAGAUGACCCACAAGAACCCAUCUUUGAGACAAGCUGCCCCACCAGUGUCCAAGAAGCCAACACCACCAAAGAAGCCGUCGAGCUUAUCGUCGAGCCUGAACCUCGCCGAGCCAAAGAAAAAGCCUGCAAAGAUGGAGUUGGUCGACGGUACCAAGUGGAUCAUCGAAAACUUCACCGAGGCCGAUGUCCCAUCUCACCAACCACUCGUAAUCGACGCAGAAAUGCAACAGUCGGUUUUCAUUGGUAAUUGCAGUGGAAUCACCGUCCAGGUCAAAGGCAAGGCCAACGCUAUCUCCAUCUCCGAAACGCGCAACACCGGUGUCGUUGUGGACUCGUUGAUCUCAGGAAUCGACUUCAUCAAAUCCUUCAAAUUCGGCUUGCAGGUCACCGGUACCGUCGCCAUGAUCAGUGUCGACAAAUCCGACGAAGGCAGCAUCUACUUGUCGCAACAGAGCAUCGAUGCUGAUGUCCAGAUCUACACCAGUUGUGCAACUUCCUUGAACGUCAACGUGUUGAAAAACGAUGACUUCGAAGAGCUCGCCAUCCCUGAACAAUUCAAACACUCCAUUAGAAACGGAAAGUUAAUCAGUGAAGUCGUCGAACACGCAGGUUAG